AUGGGACAGCAACAAUCCUCACCAAACGGGUCAUCGCAGGCACCAAAAGACCAGCAAGAGAAGAACUUAAACCUAAAAAAGAAGAAGCGCAUGAGAGGAGCAGAAACUCUCUCCAAGCUCCCCACAGUGUAUCCUCAGAGCAAGUGCAUGCUUAGGCAGAUAAAGCUGGAAAAAAUAAGAGACUACUUUAUGCUAGAGGAAGGAAUUCUUUCGUACUUCAACUCUUCUUCUGAAAAGGAGGGAGAAGAGAAAUUUGUAACAGAAAGAGAUGAGGUAGACAGGUUUAGGGGCUAUCCAAUGAACUUGGGCACGCUAGAGGAGUUUAUUGAUGAAGACCACGCAAUUAUAAGCACCAGCUCUGGGCAAGAGUACUAUGUGCCAAUAUACUCAUUUGUUGAUAAGGAUGCGCUAGAGCCAGGAUGCACAGUUCUUUUGAACCAUAGAGAGAGUGGUGUGGUUGGUGUUCUUGAGGGGGAGACUGAUCCUCUAGUCAGUGUAAUGAAGCUAGAAAAGGCGCCGGUUGAGACCUAUGCAGACAUAGGAGGGCUUGAGCACCAAAUCCAAGAAAUAAAAGAGGCGGUAGAGCUGCCACUCACAAAUCCCGAGCUGUAUGAUGAAAUGGGGAUAAAGCCGCCGAAGGGGGUUAUUCUAUAUGGAGAGCCAGGAACAGGAAAGACUCUUCUGGCAAAGGCAGUUGCCAACCAAACAUCUGCAACUUUUUUAAGAAUAGUUGGGUCGGAGCUAAUACAAAAGUAUCUAGGAGAUGGGCCAAAGCUUGUGAGGGAGCUUUUUAAGGCUGCGGAAAUGUAUGCACCAACAAUUAUCUUUAUAGAUGAAAUUGAUGCAAUUGGGGCAAAGAGAUAUGACACAAACUCUAGCGGAGAAAAGGAAAUAGAAAGAACUAUGUUAGAGCUGCUAAAUCAGCUGGAUGGAUUUGACACCUCAUCCGAUAUAAAGGUGAUUAUGGCAACAAAUAAGAUAGAAAGUCUAGACCCAGCUCUUAUUAGGCCGGGGCGUAUUGACAGGAAGAUAGAGUUCCCUGUACCCGAUAUCCAAACAAAGAGGAAAAUAUUUGGAAUUCAUACGACUCGAAUGACUUUGUCCAAAGAAGUUGUUCUUGAUGACAUGAUAGGAACCAAUGAAGACCUGAGUGGAGCUGACAUAAAAGCCAUCUGCACUGAGGCAGGUAUGCUUGCGCUCAGAGAAAGAAGAAAGCAGGUCACCAUGCAAGAUUUCACAAAGGCCAAAGAAAAAGUGCAGGCGACAAAGCUAGAGGCCAUGCCCACAUCUUUAUAUGCUUAAUCACAAAUUGGCAC